AUGCGCAAACGCCUUGCCGCGGUCGUCCUGCUAUGCUUGCUGUCUGGCUGCCUUCCGGUUCGCAGAUCCUGUAAAGGCGCUGGCGCCGCUGCGGGGCCCGAGGGCGGUGGCGAUCGCACGGAUCGCUGCCCGGCGCCACGGGCCCACGCGCCGUUUUCGAGGGACCGCGUUUGCGCCCAGUCGAGGUGGCCGGAGGCCGCGCGCGGAUACCCUGUAUUGCCCCUUCGUGAAGAUUCGGAUAUCUGCUCUGCGGCAUAUACUCCUGUGGAAGAGAUGGCCGAGCCGGACCCCGUUUCCCAGUCCAAUUUUCGCCAAAUUCACGUCACGCAUUCGGACUACGAGCUGGAUAUCGAUUUUGCAGCACUAAGGAUGGAAGGCUUUGUUCAGCUGACAGCUGUUGUCAAGGAGGAUGGCUGUACAAAACUUGUGUUAGACACCCGUGACUUGACGAUUAUAAAGACCUGCAUACUGCCAUCCAAGUGUGAGAAGGGAGUGGACUUUUCUAUUGGAAGUGCGGACAAGGUGUUGGGAUCGUCCCUAACGGUGGAGCUUCCUGACAACCUGACAAAGGGUCAACAGGUGGUGGUGGGAGUUCACUUCAAGACAUCACCAGAAAGCACAGCUAUGCAGUGGCUUGAACCUGCACAAACGGCAGGUGGCACCCACCCCUACUUGUUCACGCAGUGCCAGGCGAUCCAUGCACGAUCCUUCGUGCCCUGCCAGGAUUCUCCUGGUGCAAAGAUGACGUAUUCAGCUGCUGUGAGGGUGCCAGGGCAGCUGACUGCCCUGAUGAGUGCUGUUCCAGUGGAAACAAAGCCCAAACCAGAUUUCAGCAUCCUUGAUGCAAAACCUAGGACGCAGACCUUCUACUUUGAGCAGAAGAUUCCAAUCCCACCUUACCUGUUGGCACUUGUUGUUGGAGAGCUUGAAUCUCGCGAACUGAGCCCCAGGACACGAGUAUGGUCAGAGCCUUCAGUGGUGGACUCAGCUGCGCAUGAAUUUGCCGAGACCCCUCAGUUUCUGGAUGCAGGCGAGCUAUUUGCAGGGGAGUAUGUGUGGGGGCGCUAUGAUCUUCUUGUGCUUCCUCCAUCAUUUCCCUAUGGGGGAAUGGAAAAUCCCUGUCUCACGUUUGUAACUCCAACGUUGUUAGCUGGGGACAGAUCACUGGCCAAUGUGAUCAUUCAUGAGAUUUGCCACAGCUGGACGGGCAACCUGGUCACCAAUGCCAAUCACAAUCAUUUCUGGCUCAAUGAAGGCUGGACAGUUUUCCUGGAGCGCAAGAUCUUGGGACAUGUCUUUGGAGAAAAAAUUGCUCAAUUCCAUGCAGCAAAUGGACAUUUGGACCUCAUUGCUGAGGUGGAGAGGUUUGGGCCCAAGCAUCCAUGGACGAGGAUGGUGGUGGACAUCCAGGGGGGCAUGGACCCAGACAUGUUUUAUUCCAAACUACCCUAUGAGAAAGGAUUCCAUUUCCUGUAUUUUCUACAGGUGCUUCUUGGGGGCCCUACGAUCUUUGAGCCGUUCAUGAAGGCCUACGUUGAGGAUUUCAAGCUCAAGACACUAACAACUAACGACUUCAAGGAAUAUUUUCUAACAUACUUUGAUGGCCAUCCAUGUGUUGGAGGCAUUGACUGGGAUGCGUGGCUAUACUCACCAGGCCUGCCUCCACGGGACAACUACUAUGACCUUUCCAUGGCAAAAGCCCCCUAUGCACUGGCGCAAAAGUGGCACGAGUCAGACGCGACAGGUGUGGGAGGAGGGGGCCCAGCUGGGGUGUCCAGUGCUGACAUGGACAAUUGGACAUCAGGCCAGACCGAUGCAUUCCUGGCCAAGCUUCUGGGACUGCGGUCCAUGGUGCCCAUGCACAAGACCCUCACGCGCAAGAUGGCCAACAUCUAUGGAUUGGACAAUGUAAAGAAUUCCGAAAUUCGGUUUGGGUGGCUCAAGCUGUGCGUCAUGGCCGAGGACGAAGCAGUCGUCGAUAACUUGGUCGACUUCUUGAAGUUGCAGGGACGCAUGAAGUUCGUGCACCCGCUGUACAAGGCCUGGGGAGCUUCGAAGAUGGGCAGGGACGCAGCCCCACGCCUGUUCCGGGAGGUGGCUCACUCGUAUCAUCCCACCGUGAGGAAGAAGGUCGCUAGCACUUUGGGUAUCAGCGCAUGA